AUGCGGAUCCCCAGCCCCAGCGUGCGCGAGGCGGCCUCCAUGUACGGCACAGCGGUGGCCGUCUUCCUGGUCAUCCUGGUGGCCGCCCUGCAGGGCUCGGCUCCCCCCGAGAGCCCCUUCCCCUACCGCAUCCCCCUGGACCCUGAGGGGAUCCUGGAGCUGUCGUGGAACGUCAGCUACGUGCAGGAGACUGUCCACUUCCAGCUCCUGGUGCGGGAGCUCAAGGCUGGCGUCCUGUUCGGCAUGUCGGACCGUGGCGAGUUGGAGAACGCCGACCUGGUCGUGCUCUGGACCGACGGGGACAGUGCCUACUUUGGGGACGCCUGGAGUGACCAGAAGGGGCAGAUCCAUCUGGAUGUCCAGCAGGAUUACCAGCUGCUGCGGGCACAGAGGACCCGGGAAGGCCUGUCCCUGCUGUUCAAGAGGCCCUUUGGCACCUGUGACCCCAAGGAUUACCUCAUCGAGGACGGCACCGUCCACUUGGUGUACGGGAUCCUGGAGGAGCCGUUCCAGUCGCUGGAGGCCAUCAACGUCUCCAGCCUGCAGACGGGGCUGCAGAGGGUGCAGCUGCUGAAGCCCAACAUCUCCAUCCCGGCCCUGCCCUCGGACAUGCGCACCAUGGAGGUCCGCGCCCCAGACGUCCUGGUCCCCGGCCAGGAAACCACGUACUGGUGCUACAUCACCGAGCUCCCGGACGGCUUCUCUCGGCACCACAUCGUCAUGUACGAGCCCAUCGUCACCGAGGGCAACGAGGCCCUGGUGCACCACAUGGAGGUCUUCCAGUGCGCAGCCGAGUUCGAGAGCUUCCCCCACUUCAGCGGGCCCUGCGACUCCAAGAUGAAGCCGGAGCGGCUCAACUACUGUCGCCACGUGCUGGCUGCCUGGGCCCUGGGCGCCAAGGCCUUUUACUACCCAGAGGAAGCCGGCCUUGCUUUCGGGGGCCCUGGGUCCUCCAGAUUUCUCCGCCUGGAAGUUCACUACCACAACCCGCUGAUGAUAAAAGGCCGGCGCGACUCCUCGGGCAUCCGCCUGUACUACACGGCCACGCUGCGGCGCUUCGAUGCGGGCAUCAUGGAGCUGGGCCUGGUGUACACGCCUGUGAUGGCCAUCCCCCCGCGGGAGACGGCCUUCGUCCUCACCGGCUACUGCACGGACAAGUGCACCCAGCUGGCUCUGCCUCCUUCCGGAAUCCACAUCUUCGCCUCUCAACUCCACACGCACCUGACGGGCAGGAAGGUGGUCACGGUGCUGGCCCGGGACGGCCGCGAGAAGGAGGUUGUGAACAGGGACGACCACUACAGCCCUCACUUCCAGGAGAUCCGCAUGUUGAAGAAGGUCGUGUCCGUCCACCCGGGAGACGUGCUCAUUACUUCCUGCACAUACAACACGGGAGACAGGAAGCUGGCCACCGUGGGGGGCUUUGGGAUCCUGGAGGAGAUGUGCGUCAACUAUGUGCACUACUACCCCCUGACGCAGCUGGAGCUCUGCAAGAGUGCCGUGGACCCUGGCUUCCUGCAGAAGUAUUUCCACCUUGUGAACAGGUUCAACAGCGAGGAAGUCUGCACCUGCCCUCAAGCCUCUGUCCCUGAGCAGUUUGCCUCUGUGCCCUGGAACUCCUUCAACCGCCAAGUGCUCAAGGCUCUGUACAGCUUUGCCCCCAUCUCCAUGCACUGCAACAAGUCCUCGGCUGUCCGCUUCCAGGGUGAGUGGAAUCUGCAGCCCCUUCCCGAGAUCAUCUCCAAGCUGGAAGAGCCCACCCGUCACUGCCCAGCCAGCCAGGGUCAGAGCCCCGCCGGCCCCACCAUGGUCAGCAUCGGCGGGGGCAAAGGUUGA